AGACUUCUUGCCCGGCUCCAGCUGUCUGUCUCCGGUCUCUCCAGGAAUGAGAAGCGAUGGCCGGCUCUGCCAACGAGGAGAAAACCUUCAAGAGGUUCCUGGAGCUCUUCUUACGGGAGAUGAGGCCACCUAUCCAGGAGGACGUACCUCUGCCUACUCGCCCCUUGUCGGACCUCAUCUCGGAGGACGAGGUGGAGGGGGAAUGCCUGGACCUGUGUCUCCAGCACCUGUGUAAAUAUAAUUGCCCUUUCUCCUUGGCUGCAGCUCUGGCCCGCGGUACAGCAGACAGCAUCCUGCAAAGUGAUCUCUCCUUGUACCAUCUCAACAAGAGUGUUGAGGACGGGACUGAGACUGAGACUGAGACAGAAACGGAGACACAGACCCAGAUCGAUUCGGUGAAGCUGGCGCGACUUGUCUUCAAUAAGCUGUGUGAGACGUGCAGUCAGUGGCUAAAAGACUUUCCGUAUCGCCGCCGUCACUUGCCCUACUACGAGACUUCUAUCCAUGCUAUUAAAAACAUGCGCCGGAAGAUGGAGGACAAACACGUUGUGAUUCCUGACUUCAACACACUCUUCAAUCUACAGGAUCAAGAAGAGCAGGCCUACUUUGCCGUGUUUGAUGGUCACGGCGGGGUGGACGCUGCCAACUACGCCGCCAAUCACCUGCAUGUUAAUCUGGUCAGGCAAGAAAUGUUCAGCCAGGACGCAGGAGAAGCCUUGUGUCACUCCUUCAAACUGACCGAUGAGAGAUUCAUCAAAAAAGCAAAAAGCGAGAACCUGCGCUGUGGCACCACAGGGGUUGUGACUUUUCUGAGGGGUCGCACGCUGUACGUGACCUGGCUGGGAGAUUCACAGGUCAUGAUGGUGAAGAGAGGUCAACCGGUGGAGCUAAUGAAGCCACACAAACCUGACAGAGAGGAUGAGAAAAAGAGGAUUGAGGCAUUGGGAGGGUGUGUGAUCUGGUUCGGCACAUGGAGGGUGAAUGGCAGCCUGUCUGUGUCAAGAGCCAUCGGUGAUUCAGAACACAAGCCCUACAUCUGUGGCGAUGCUGACUGCAGCACCUUCAACCUGGACGGCAGCGAGGACUACUUGAUCCUGGCCUGCGACGGCUUCUACGACACAGUGAACCCAGAAGAAGCCGUCCGAGUGGUGAGCGACCACUUGCAGGAGAACAACGGGGACACCGCCAUGGUGGCCCACAAGCUGGUGGCCUCAGCCCGAGAUGCGGGGUCCAGUGACAACAUCACGGUAAUCGUAGUGUUCCUCAGAGACCCCCGUUUGCCUCCGCCCUCAGAUGAGCCUGAGGAGCAGCACGAUGAGGAGCCAUUGGAGGACGCAGGAGAAGAGGAAGAAGAGGAAGAAGCAGUGGAUGCCUUGCAGAGUGAAUUGGUGUGUCAAGAUGGAGGUGCGGAGAAUGGAGGAAAGAACCGGGGCGGCUGGCCUCUGCAGCAGUGCUCAGCGCCAGCUGACCUGGCCUACGAAGACCGCAUGGAUUCAUUCACGGACAGAACAAGUCUGAGCAUCACAGGGCCGGAUGUGCAUGCAGAGACUGGUUGCUUCAGGAUCCCAGCUUCAUCUGGCCUGCCCCCAACCAGAACCGUCACGCCAGACCUCAUUCCCUCCAACAGCAGGGCCGGCGCUGCCUGGCGUCCUAACCAAGAGGACGACCCUUCUGGGUACAGGCAAAAACCCCAGCCUAAACCUAGAGUGCCCUCCUACAUGCAGACCACCUCAGAUGGACAAUUGCUGGAGGUGGCUGCGCUCUUCUCUCAGGAGGGCCGCAAGAAGAGGCGGCUGGACGUCCUGCCGCUGAGGAGGGAAUCACAGCGUCUGACCCGGAGGGCCAGGGAAAGCCACGGUCCUCUGAGCUGCUUCCCUAGUGUGCCCUAUCCUCUGCGCUCCUCAGAGAGGAAGCCCGGGAUAGCCUUUCCUCAUGUAACCCAUAGCAAAAGGGUCUAAUCGACAUCUUCCUUGCCCCAUCAUCACGCCCUACAUUCUUGAAGCUAACACACCCUCCUGUGGUGGACGU